CAGUGAGAAAAUUUGAAACCUUUUAUGAGUUUUGCACUGAGGACGAAAACGUUUUGGUUCCGUGUGAUGCUAUUUUGUUUUCAGUGUAUGAUGCAUGUUGCCCAAAUUCCAUCGGAUAUUGAACAAUAAAAUCAUCAGCAAAAAUUGAUAUUGUCGUAAUUCCUGAAGAAUUUCGACAAAUUCGGAAACUCGACAAUUUUGUCCAAUUUCCGGUGCAAUUCGACAUUUGUCGAAAUUCUAGUGGAGAUUGAACUUUGUCGAAAUUCCGAUGUCGAAAUUCUAGUUGCCCAAGUUCCAGUUUCCCGAAUCAUUUGUAUAAAUUACACAUAAUAUUUCACUAUACUUUAUUUAAGCGAGAAUUAUUCCUCAUUCCAAUAUAUAUUUCUAUUGCUCCAUUAUAAUUAUAAGUCAAAAAUAUUCUAGAAGUAAAAAAUGCUCUAUUGAAGAGAAAACGAAAAAGAUUCUAGUAAAAUAUAUUUCUUGAUCAUAGGAAAUAGGAGUGUGACAUUUAAAUUUAUAAUAAAUAAAAAUUUUUUUAAAUGAAAAGUUAAAUUUAACUAAAUUUUGAAAACUAGUAGAUAAACAUAGUUCUUGACUUGAUUGCUACUAUUUAAAGUCAAAUAUUUGAUAAAGUUAAAGCUAUAAUCAUUCUUCUACGAAUUUUUUUAUUAAAUAUAUUUUUAUGAGCAUCUCGAUGUUCUUGAAGAAGAAAGGUGACGGAUCCUGCGUAAUCUGUAGAGGAAUUUUUUGACUAUUAUGAACAAAUAUUAACCUAAAAUACUAGGUUUUCCUCUCAUUUAGUAUUUACUACUGUUAAAGUCACAUAUUUUCCUUGUAGCAAUGACGAGUAUCCACCCAAACAAUUAAUUUAAUUUUAAAUUAAAUUAACUUUUCACGAAGUUAAAUUUAAAUAAAAUAAACUGUAAAUUAACACCCUCAAGAUAGGAAAAUAAUACAACGUACGCAUAAUAAGCUCAUAUAAGAAAUUAAUCGUUAUAACUAUCAUAUAUGUUCAUAGAAAAUAUAGACUUGCAUGUCUCAAAAAUACAAAGCAAAAAGAUAAAUGUCUAUAUAGAACUAUUUUGAUGCAAAAAUAAUCUCAUUUUAAACAUAACAAGAGCAUUAGAGAGAACUAUAUUAUUUCUAUAGAAUAAUCUUUCAGUAUAUACGUAGAAAAAAACUUAUUCUGAGGAAUUUCUAGAAAUAGAAAGAAUAAUCUAUUCAAGGAAUUUUACCUCGAUACUUUCGAAAUUAUUUCCUAUACUAACGGGUGGACCAAAAAGAAUUGCCCUGUUCGUAUUUUUGAAUUUUCUCGUCUUUCUUGAACACGAUCGGCGUGUCGUUUUUACCAAACGAUUCCUCGUUCAAUUCUCUACGAAAAAUGUAUUGGCUGCUUUACUUCAAAAUCCAAAGAUACAAAAUGCGAUAAAAAAUUGCGAGAAGUACCAAAAUGUGGAAAAAAUAAACGUGGAUACAUUGAACAGCAGAUUUUCCGGGUAUUAUCUACUCAAAGUUUGUAAGAAAAAAAGUUAUAGUAGCCACUUUGUACUCCUUAAAAAGCUCUAUUGUUUACCAAUGAUUAAAAAAUUUUGCAGUUAAAAUUGAGGACGUAAGAAUUUUAUUGUUUUUUGUCAAUUUUUCAAAAAACGACGACUUUUUCAUCAAUAAAGUAAGCCUACCUAUAAAACAAAUGAAGCUUAGUCAAAGUGGAUUUAUUCGAGCACAUUUUUUUAAAUUUAUAUUGAAAACCAAUGUUCUAUCGUUAUUUUUGGAUAUCUAAGAUUUGAAAAAAAUAUUAUUGUGUUCAGUCGCGCAAAAACAGAUACAAAUUGUUGUUAUUUUUCACUUGAUUGUAGUGAAACUAAUGUUUGUGACAGAUAUUUAGAUUAAAAUGGCUUUUACUCUACAAGACGAGAUAGAGCGCAUUUGAAACUACAUAAAAUAUACUGAAACNAUAUACUGAAACAGUCUUAUGAUGCUGGUGAAAGCAUUCGAAAAAAUAUAGCUCGAUGCGAGAAAAUAUCUGAAACAUAAAAUUAUUUUUUCGUACAUUUUGGUACUUCUCACAAUUACCUAUCGCAUUUUGUAUCUUUGUAUUUGAAAUAAAACAGCCAAUACAUUGUUUGUAAAGAAUUGAACAGGGAAUCGUUUGGUAAAAACGACACGCCGGUCGUGUUCAAGAAAGACGAGAAAAUUCAAAAAUACUAACAGAGCAAUUCUUUUUGGCCCACCCGUUAGCUGGUAAUCUCAACUUUGGUAGAAGAUAAAAAUGUCGAAAGUAAAAAUGUCAAAGUAUAAAAAUGUCGAUAGCUAAUAUGUCGAAAAGUAAAUAUAUAUAUGGAAUGAACAAUAAAGAAAAAUCGCUUGUGACAUUUUUUUGAGGAUAUAAAACACUAAGUAUUUAAGCUAUGUGUAUUCAAUAAAAAAAGAAGAAUCGGAAAAAAAUAAAGUGUUCGAUAAGUUAAUUGACCAAUAUUAAUAGAAUUUCUCUUUCGCAAAAAUCAUUUUCUCUAGCCACGAUGAAAGAGAGACCAAGAAGAAGAUCAGACGCAUUAAUUAAACGUUUAUGCAAUGUGUCGAUUCGUUUUUGUAAUGCUACACUACGUUUAUUUUUUAUUAAACUUAUACAUGUAAUCAUUCACUACCAUGAUAACAGUUGACCUUUGUUUGAGGUGAUGAAGUGGAUAUUUUGGGUGUUGCGGCUUGAUGAUGUGUUAACUGACGUCAUCCUUGUAAAUGUAUGCAACGGUAUAGUAUACUGUAAACUAGAAAAUACAUUAUAGAGUAUAAUGAAAGAUAUUCUAGAAAAGUCCAUACGAAUUCAAUGACAAAUUUCUACUUUCUUGAAAAUACGAUAUUCAAUAAGAUAGAAAUAAGAGAUUAGAUUUUCUAGCUAGAAAAUCGAAUGUGAAUUCGUAUGGGCUUUUCUAGAAACUGGAAAUUCAAUUUUCAUUUUCAAUUUCAAUUUCAAAUGUAUAGAGAAUAUAAUAAGAUUUUAUCCUCAAGACAAACAACUAGUUAUUGUCUUCAGCAAUCUGAUCUAUGAUUCGAAACUGAUGAUAGAUAAAAAUUAAUGAUAUAAACUAAAAUUUUCUAUGAAAAAAAAGUCUAAAUGUGUAAAUAUUUUGAUCAGGAGAAAAUGACUUGAAAUACGAUACUCAAUGUUAAAUGCAAUAUAGUAUAAUAUCAGACUUCAUGUAUAAUUCCACACCCAAUAAAUGAUUAUAAAUAUCUAUUUUGUGGUUAGAAAAGUUUUUAUUUGCAAUAUUCUUUUCGUGAAUAAGAAAUAAAUCGAUAUAUAUGAUGUGUUUGUUAAUGUAAAAUGGACUGACUCAUGUGGAUUCGAAACAAAAAGGUAUAGUUGAUCUGCUCGCUAGAGCUAGCAGAGAAAAUAAUGAAUACACUCAUGAUGUUUUAAUUUUUGUAGAAUUUAUCUUGAUUUUUCUAUAAGGUUGCAAUUGAAUUUCUAUAAUUUAGAAAAUCAAGCAUUUUCUGAAUAUAUAAAAUUCGACGAAUGCUUUAGUUUAUUUAAAGUCGAUUUUCUAAAAAGUAGAAUUUCAAAACAAUUUACAGUGUAUACUGACUAAAUUUAUACUAGUUCUUAUUGAAUAGUCCUAUCUAAUUUACCGUAACGGACGGAAUUAAUAUAGUCUACCAAUAAUGGAAUAUAACUGAAUAUCACUCGACUAAAAGUGGCGUUCCAAUGGCAUCGUUAUGAAAAAUAGAUGGAUAUCAUAAAUUCCAUUAGACUUACUCUUCAACUAUGGAAUCAGUAGACAUUUGUAUAUUUCGACCAAAGUUGGGAGAAUCAUACUAGCUAUACUCUAGAGAGAAGAGAUCUCCUUUUAUUCUUAUACGUUUUCUCUUCUAGUCAAUAUUCCUGCUAAUGUCACAGAAUAAUUUAUAUAGAGUUUAAUAAAAGAUAUUCUAGAACAUAGAAAUCAGAAAUAUGCGAUUUUUCUAAAUAGGAAAUGCUCUACUUAAGAGAAAACGAAAAAGAUUCUAGCGAAAAUAUAUUUUGAUCAUAGGAAAAAUAUCAGAAAUAAAUCGUUGUAUAUCAUAUAUGUUCAUAGAAAAUACAGACUCGCAUGUCUCAAAAAUACAAAGCAAAAAGAUAAAUGUCUAUAUAGAACUAUUUUGAUGCAAAAAUAAUCUCAUUUUAAACAUAACAAGACACUGAUAUAAUUGCAAAAAAAAGAUCAUUAGAGAGAACGAUAUGCUAUAUCCUUUCUAUAGAAUAAUCUUCUAGUAUAGAAAAAACUUAUUCUGAGGAAUUUCUAGAAAAAGAAUGAUCUAUUCAAAGAAUUUUGCUCGAUGCUUUCGAAAUUAUUUUAUAUACAAGCUAUACUCGAGAAAGAGAGAGAUUUCCUUUUAUUCUUACGUUUUCUCUUCUAGUUAAUAUUCCUACUAAUGCUACAUGGAAGCAGAGCGGAGUGACUAUUGCUGGAGGUAACGGGAAUGGGAGUGCCACUAAUCAACUCCACUGGCCUUAUGGUCUCUUCGUUGAUGAUGAUCAAACAGUGGUUAUUGCUGACUGGCUGAAUUAUCGUAUCAUGCAAUGGAAGAACGGUGAUACAACGAAUGGACAAGUUGUUGCUGGUGUUAAAGGCCAAGGAUAUGGAUUACAGCAAUUACAAUAUCCAACUGACGUAUUAAUUGACAAAGAGACGGAUAGUCUCAUUAUUUGUGAUCAAGGGAAUAAACGAGUUGUACGAUGGUCUCAUCGUAGUGGUACAACACAAGGUGAAAUACUCAUCGACAACAUCUCCUGUUGGGGAUUAGCAAUGGAUGAACAGAGAUAUCUCUACGUUUCUGACGACAAAAAACAUGAAGUAAGACGAUAUCAAUUGGGUGAGAAGAAUGGUACUCUCGUGGCUGGUGGUAAUGGUAAAGGUGAUGGACUCAAUCAACUCAACAGGCCGACAUAUCUCUUUGUCGAUCGACAACAGACUAUCUACGUAUCAGACUACUGGAAUCAUCGUAUAAUGAAAUGGAAUAAAGGUGCAAAAGAAGGUAUUGUGGUCGCUGGAGGACAAGGCGCAGGGAGUGCUCUGACACAAUUAGCUUAUCCUCAAGGAAUCUUCGUUGAUACGUUGGGUACACUCUAUGUAGCAGACUCGGGGAAUCAGUGUGUAAGGCGUUGGACUCAAGGAGACAAGAAACAAGGCACUGUAAUUGUGGGUGGCAAUGGUCGAGGAGAAGAAGCAAAUCAGUUCAAAGGCCCCAGCGGUUUGUCUUUCGAUCGACAAGGUAAUCUCUAUGUCGUCGAUGAGCGUAAUGAUCGUGUUCAACGAUUUUCUAUCGAAUAA